AUGGAGGAAGCCAUGAAAUAUUCUACUUUCCAAGGGUUUAGACCUCAUUUUGAUGCGUUGGCAAGAGUCGGCUAUUUCAAAAUAGUUUUGAAGCCUUUGUCUCCCCAGAAACAAUUCUUGCACAACAUUUAUCGUUUUCUGUCGUGGACUUUUAUUCUAACGUACAAUUUGCAACAUGUCAUACGGGUUGUGCAGGUCAGACACAGCACCAAUCUAAUAGUUGAUACGCUGUUCAUAUUGCUUACAACCCUGAACUCGCUGGGAAAACAAGUGGCCUUCAAUCUCAGGACUCAACGGAUUGACAAACUCAUCAACAUUAUCAAUGGACCCGUUUUCGAAGCAACCAAGCCGUAUCAUGUAGAGGUGCUGAAAGAAAAUGCACUGGUCAUGUCUAAGCUUCUCACGUUAUAUCACGGAGCGAUAUUUACAUGUGGCACUAUGUGGACUGUGUUCCCCAUCGUCAACAGGGCUUUAGGCGAAGAAGUGCAGUUCACCGGGUACUUUCCUUUCGAGACCUCGAGCACGAUUACAUUCUCGCUGGCAUUGGCCUAUAUGAUUAUUCUGAUAACCUUCCAAGCUUACGGGAACGUAACAAUGGACUGCACGAUCGUAGCAUUUUACGCGCAGGCCAAAAUACAAAUACAGAUGCUUCGCCACAACUUGGAACAGUUGGUAGAAUUUGACGACUCAGCUAGUAUAAAUACACAGUAUAACAAGAGGACUGAUCUCUAUAGUACAUCCUAUAAAGAUGAACAACAGGAGAGAGUGGCGAUACAAGAGAGACUUAAGAAAUGUGUGCAGCAUUAUUAUCAGAUUUUGCGGUUUGCAAAAGAAGUAGAGUCGAUAUUCGGCGAAGCAAUGGUCGUGCAAUUCUUUGUGAUGGCUUGGGUCAUAUGCAUGACUAUGUACAAGAUCGUCGGGUUAAGCAUAUAUUCGGCCGAGUUUGUUUCCAUGGCCGUGUAUUUGGGUUGCAUGCUAGCUCAGCUGUUUAUUUACUGCUAUUUCGGGACACAACUCAAAGUUGAGAGCGAGCUGGUAAAUCAGUCGAUAUACUGCUGCGACUGGAUGAAGCUGUCACCACGGUUCCGAAGACAACUGCUGGUGAUGAUGCAGUGCUGCGGCAGGCCGAUAGCGCCUCGCACCGCAUAUGUCAUCCCUAUGUCUUUGGACACGUACAUUGCGGUGUUGCGGUCUUCAUACACUCUCUUCACGUUCUUGAAUCGUUAAAAGUUGAAAAUUUUGUGUCACCGCAAAUGCUGGGCACAGGCCUCUUCUCGUACAGGGAAGGAUAUGCUUUGAAAUAAUAAGUACUACGUUAGUAAUUUAAAAAAAAACUUUUGUCUUUCAGGCUAUGAUUUUUACUGUAAUGUUACGGUACUUUUUUAGUUCGGUACAUAUGAUAACAAUAUACCUAGUGUUGGUGAGUUCUAGCGAUAUUUGUAUACAGCAGAAUCAGAGGUCGGUCGUAAAAUUGACCACCGUUUGAUUCAUUGCGCCUAUUUACUGCUGUUUUAUGGCCAGCAGUACAGCCCACCGCCUGAAGUAAGCCGUUGUCGAAACCCAA